GCUGAGCAAGCGCCGCGGAUCGAACAUUUUGGGCAACGUCCACCACAAGGGCUACAACAAACCCUACACCUACCUUGGUAGGUAGGUAGGUCCGGCAUGACUGUGAAAUGCUCUUCUCGUCCACGUGAAGCAUAAACCAUCAACAACAUGCACGGAGUUACCUUCACUUGGAACCAAACAACCACCAACGUUCACCGAACGCGCCAUCUGCCGCACACGUUCGUUCCCCGGUAUCCCAGCCAUGAUUUCCGUCAACCUCAGCAGCCGUGUCUUUUUGGCUACAGGGACAACUGCCUUGUGUAUCUUGGCCGGUACGACCGCUGUCUGGCUUUGGCUUUCUCACCCGGAGCCCCCUUCGCCAUCUCUACAAUUUGAACCGAAACAACGAGGGGUCCGGCUCUGUCAGGUCAACGACAAGGACGAUUCUGACGCCGACAUUGACAUCAUUGCCAUCCAUGGCCUCGACACGAAAUCGCCGGAUACGUGGACGUGGGGGGCCAAAAACGCCCAACAAAACGUCAACUGGCUGGCCGAUCCGGAUAUGCUCCCGAGUAAGGUGGGAGCAGCUCGCAUCUUCACAUGCAACUGGCCCGCCGACCUGCUCCAACCGGCAGACUUGGUCCCGAAGAGAAUUGAGGAAUAUGCUCUGCUUCUCCUCAAUGCCAUCGAUCGAGAGCUGUUCGUGGCAGAUGCCACAAGAAAAGAACCCCGGCGUCUUUUCUUCAUCGCUUCCUGUCUCGGGGGCAUCGUGUUGACCAAGGCUCUGGUGGACGCUGACGAUAAGUACCUCUCCCUCAGAAAAGCGACGUGCGGUAUUGUUUUUCUUGCCACGCCGUUCCGGGGGACUUCGUUCCGAGACGUAGCCGCGUUUGCUGAGCCGGGUCUGCAAUUCUUGGCUUCGAUCCGGGGUCGAGAAGUAAACAAGCUGCUCGACAAGGUGAAGGGGUCGACCUUCGAUCUCGAGACACUUGUACGGGAGUUCACACAACUAUGUCAGGACAAAGAUCAUCCCUGUCUAGUGUUUACCUUUUAUGAAAAAGGGAAGACGAGCCUGCCGCUCAAAGUAUUUCCUUGGCUCCCGAGUUUCUUCCGCCAAGAAAAGCAGUUGGUCGACGAAAGCUCGGCAACCCUCGAUAUUGUCCACAAGCCACUACCACUCGAUCGGCGCCAUGUUAUGAUGAACAAAUUCCACGGUCCCGGAUGUGCAGAUUACAAAACAGUGGCUGGAAAGAUUCAGGAGUUCCUCAGAAAGAUCCGCGAAGGAACCCCCCUCAUACAGGCAGACGCCUGGAUUCGCACCGAACAUUAUACCACCGACAGACUGAAGAUUGAACGGCUUUCAGGCGAUCCUUUGCCCAUGGACCAAUGCUACAUCAAUCUCGCCAUUGUAGAGCAGUAUAGGUCCGAAGAAGAGUCCAAGACCCAGUCCUCCCCGUUUUCACUCUCCGCUCGACUGAAGAUCGAGACACUGUACAAGAACAUACAGGUCGAGUUGCCGACACUAUUCCGCCCACGCAAAAGAGGCGAUGUUCAGACGAACCCAAGACGCAUCUUGAUCCGAGGACGCGCUGGAGUGGGGAAGACUACGCUGUGCAAGAAGAUUGUCCACGAGUUUACCCACGGUACGUGGGGUCAGUGGGAUGAUUUAUUCGACCGCGUCCUUUGGGUACCUUUGCGGAACCUGAAACUGGACGAGAGACGCCAGGCCCAAUACCACUUUGUCGAUCUUUUCACCCAUGAGUAUUUCUCUGACCCCCCCAAACCGAACCUGGCCAGCGCAUUGUCCGAUACCCUGGAAUGGACCGAGAGCAGUAGGACCUUAUUUCUCCUGGACGGCCUAGACGAAGUCUCUCAGGAGCUAGGCGACCAAAGCGUCAUGUUCCACUUUCUCAAGAAGCUGUUGAACCAACCGAACGUCAUCAUCACCUCUCGGCCUUCAGGAAAACUACCACCUGGCCUAAAAGCCAUCGACAUCGAACUGGAGACGAUUGGGUUCUAUCCAGAUCAGGUCAACGAGUAUCUCGAACAGGUACUUCCUGGACAGGCCGAGGAUAUCCGAUCAUUUCUCCAAGCCCGCCCGCUUGUUCGGGAUCUUGUACGCGUCCCGAUCCAGCUGGAUGCAUUCAGCUUUACCUGGAAUGAGAGCGUGACGAAACUUGACACCAUGACUGCCGUUUAUCAAGGGAUCGAAGAUGGCCUGUGGAAGAAGGACGUCUUGCGAUUGGGGAAAAGACAUGAUGGGAAGCUUUUGACUGAAGGCCUGAUCCAGGAUUCAGACCCGUCCGAGAUCAGGGACCUUGUCAGGGAUGAGAUCUGCUUUCUGGAAGGCUUGGCCUUCACUGGACUGCACAACGAUGUAAUCGACUUCGACCCGAGGCAUCAGAAAGCCAUGUCUACUCAUUUCAGUCCCGCCAUCAUUUUACCCUCCAAAACGCUCCCACACCUCUCUUUUCUCCGGACCUCAAACCUCUCACCAAGAAAGGGCAACCACAACCAAUCGUAUCAUUUCUUGCACUUGACCUACCAAGAAUAUUUUGCCGCGCGAUAUUUCGUACGGCAGUGGCAAGCUGGAGAACCACUCAAAUGUCGAGUCCUCGGGAACGGAAAGCUCGAGACCCUCGGAACCGGUGACUUUCUUCGGAAACACAAAUACACCGCCCGCUACGACAUCUUUUGGCGCUUCGUUGCUGGCCUGUUUGACGCCGAACGGAAGGGCGAGGAAUUCUUCCACGCAAUCGAAGACAAGCCGCGCGAUCUGCUCGGUCCUACCCACCAACGGCUUGUGAUGCAUUGCCUGAGCGAGACGUUGAUGGAGACGCGACCCCGGAGAAGCCUAGAAAAGAGACUAAAAGAGUGGCUGCUCUUUGAAUUCGAAUUCACAAAAAAGGCACGAUCGGCAAGCGAGGUCGAAUUUCCGGAACGGGCCUUGGUCGACGCCCUGCAGGAAGCGCCUUUUCCUGUGAAGAUGACGAUUCUUGAAUCGUUAGCAAUACGGCCAACACUCCCGUCAAGCAUCGUCGAUAUAAUAGUUUCUUGGCUAGAAGACGGCCAAUCCGAGCCCUCGAGGACCAUGGCCUUCGAGGUUCUCCGGCGAUUUAGUCUGGGACGAGGGUUGUCCGACGACCUGCUCACGGCCGUGGUGGAACGGGUGCUUCACAAAACUGAGCACUGGUCCGUCAGAAUUGCCGUCUUGCAGCUCUUAAGAGCACAGCCCACUAUAUCUGAUGAGCACCUCCCGGCCGUGAUAGAACUGGCCUUGUGCAAAUACGAGGAUGAAUCCAUUAGAACGGCCGCCUUGGAGGCCUUGCCCAGACAGCUCAAAAUAUCCGGCGAACACCUCACCGCCAUGGUAGACCUGGCACUCUGCAGAGAUGAGGGCGUGUCCAUCAGGACGGCCGCCUUGGAGGUCCUGCCCGGGCAACUCAAAAUAUCCGGCAAGCACCUCACAGCCGUGAUAGAACUGGCGCUAUGUAAAGAUGAACACGAGUCCAUCAGAACGGCCGCCUUGGAGGUCUUGCCCAGACAGCUCAAAAUGUCCGGCGAGCACCUCACGGCCGUGCUAGAACUGGCGCUCUGUAAAGAUGAGGACGUGUCUAUCAGAACGGCCGCCUUGGAGGUGCCGCCCGGGCAGCUCAAAAUAUCCGGCGAGCACCUCGCGGCCGUGGUAGAACUAGCGCUCAGCAAAGACGAGGACAAGUCCGUUAGGUGUAACGCCUUGUCGACCUUCGCCAGAGACUUUACCAUAUCCGACGAGCGCUUUACGGCUGUGGUAGAACUGGCGUUAUGUAAGGACGAGGACCGGGCCGUCAGAAAAGCCGCAUUGGGAGCUCUGGAAACACAGCCCAGUAUAUCCGACGACUUUCUCACGGCAGUAGUGGGACUCCUCGGAGACAAGGAUGAUUACAUGAGGGAAGCCGCGUUAACUCUAUUGCGAGCGCAGCCCAGUCUAUCCGACGACCGCCUUACGGCCGUGGUAGAAGUCCUUAAAGACAAUGACUCGUUGGUUAGACGGGCCGCCUUGGACGUCUUGCAGGCACAGCCCCGCCUAUCCGACGAGCACCUUAUGGCCGUGCUAGCACUCCUCGAAGUCGACAAUAAUUACACCAAAACGCACGUCUUGAAGGUCCUACAAGCACAGCCUAAUAUAUCCGACGAACACAUUGCGGUCGUGGUCGGACUCCUCGAAGACAGUCACGAGCUUGUCAGAAGUGCCGCCUUGAAGGUCUUGGAAGAACAUCCUAUGAGUAUCUCCAACGAGCAGUUGAAGGUCGUGGUAGCACUCCUCCAAAGCUGGAACGAGUACGUCAGACAGGCCGCGUCGCGGAUCUUGCAACGACAACCUUCUCUCUCGGACGAGUGUCUCAAGGCCCUAUCAUUACUACUAGCCUUUGAAAACGGGGGCGGCCCGGCGGAGGUUGUAUUGAGAGGGCAUGAAGAGUUCUACUCCACCCUUCUCAGUGGCCCAUCUGCAAGAUCACUAUAUAGCAUCCAUUUCGCGCGCAGCUUUGAGGAACAAUGGAGUUGGUAUGUCGAGGAUGGGGCGUUGUGUGUGAACGCGCCAGAUGGGAUCAGAAAAGGUAAUAUUGAUAAUAUGGAGGCGUUCGUCGACAUGGUGAGGAAGUCACGGCCACGGGGAUUCCCGUCAACGGGGGAGGAGAUGUAAAGGCGGCGAUGCCGGGAGAAGAUAGGAGGAAGCGUGUGUAUUAGUUGUGCUGAUCAGGGAUUUGCUUCUCUCAUUUACACUACUUCCUUGAUAGCGUGUCAUGUAGAGGGCCUGGGGGGAAGAGGAAAUCUUUCCUUCUGCAGCAAGAGAAACACAAGGUUGUAACCUUUGAACGAAGUUUGAUAUUCUUUGUUAGCUUGCCUAGUGGUGUUUCGGAGAAGGGGUUGAAACAUGGUACAAGAAUAGGGGGUGGAACCAUGACCGGUCUUGUAGAAACAGCAGAUGCUACGUUCAAUCAUUUUGGACUUUCCGUCAUGACAAAAUGAGUAUGUAACGUGCCUGAGAGUUUCUUUGAUCCGGCAUAUCGUGCUUGUUUCUAGGGUAGUAGUUCUUCUAGACCUGUUAUU